CUGAGAUGUGUAGUGCGUUUCCCAGAGCGGUCUGAGGGCGCCUUCAGCUAAGACGCAAGGUGCUUACGUCACAUCCGGCCGAAUCUCCUGGGCCGGGCGUGCGGGGCGGUGCAAGCGCAAUAGGCUGGCGGUUUCUGUACGCUGAGUACACAAGUGACUAGCUCCUGCCUACCACCCCUAGGAAGCCCAGGUACCAGGCAAUGGCAGCUUUGCACCAGUCUGCCCUGCACCAGGCCAAGGUGACUUUCGAGGAUGUAGUUGUACUCUUCUCCCAGGAGGAGUGGAGCUAUCUGGGCACUGUUCAGAGGGGCCUCUACAGGGAUGUGAUGCUGGAGACCUACAGGAACCUGAUCUCCCUGGGCCCAAGACAGACCCCUCCCCAGGGGGAGUUAUGCACCUCCUGGUGGAGAGACCCCCUGUGCUCAGAUCUUCAUCUUCAUGACCACCCCCAGCCCUCCAGAGCUGAAUGUGCAGGUGCCAAGCCUGGGGUGAUCACACAGCUGGAGCGAGGGGAUGAGCCGUGGGUCCUGGAUAUGCAGGGCGUUGAGGGGAGAGAGCGACUGAUAGUCAAUGGCUCAGCUCAUGGGACCAGGACUGAAUAUAAGGAGUUGAUAUCAAGGGAGAUGCUUGAUGGGGAAGAACUGGAUCAAGUCAGGGGAACUAUUCCCCAAGGACCUGAGGCAGGAGAAGCCCAUGAGCAUGUCAGGGAGCCAGAGGAGAGCCUGGACAAACCUGUGGAGCAGAGAGAUUCCAGGCCAGUCACAUUGACUAAUGAGGAGAGAAGCCAGGAAUCUGGAGGAAGUCUCAGGCUGGGGUCAAGCCCCAUCCCUGAUCAGAGACCCCACAGAUGUGAUAUAUGUGAGCAGAGUUUUGAGCAGAGAUCUUACCUCAAUAACCAUAUGCGUGUACACAGGUUAAAAAAAACAAAUAUAGUUCAUGAUUCUGGGGAAAUCUUUAGGGCAAAUUUAGUUAUUAAGGAAGAUCAGAAAAUUCCUACUGGGAAGAUACUGCAUUAUUGUGGUUACUGCAGGAAAGCCUUCAGGUACAGUGCUAACCUUGUCAAGCACCAGCGGCUUCACAGUGAAGAGAAGCCCUAUAAGUGUGAUGAGUGUGGAAAAGCCUUCAGCCAGAGCUGUGAGUUCAUCAAUCACCGAAGGAUGCACUCAGGGGAGAUCCCCUACCGGUGUGAUGAGUGUGGGAAGACAUUCAACCAGAGGCCCAACCUCAUGAAGCAUCAGAGGAUCCACACUGGGGAGAAGCCAUAUAAGUGUGGCGAGUGUGGGAAACACUUCAGUGCCUACUCUUCCCUUAUUUAUCACCAGAGAAUCCACACUGGAGAGAAACCCUAUAAGUGUAAUGACUGUGGGAAAGCCUUCAGUGAUGGCUCAAUCCUUAUUCGACAUCGUCGGACUCACACUGGGGAGAAGCCUUUUGAGUGUAAAGAAUGUGGCAAAGGCUUUACCCAAAGUUCUAACCUUAUCCAACAUCAAAGAAUUCACACUGGAGAGAAACCCUAUAAAUGUAAUGAAUGUGAGAAAGCCUUCAUCCAGAAAACCAAACUUGUUGAACAUCAGAGAAGCCACACUGGAGAGAAACCCUAUGAAUGUAAUGACUGUGGCAAAGUCUUCAGCCAGAGCACACACCUCAUCCAGCAUCAGAGGAUCCACACAGGAGAGAAGCCCUACAAGUGCAGUGAGUGUGGGAAGGCCUUCCACAACAGUUCCAGACUCAUCCACCACCAAAGGUCACACCAUGGAGAGAAACCGUACCAAUGCAGCGAUUGCAAGAAAGCCUUUAGCCAGGGCACUUACCUCAUCCAGCACCGGAGGAUCCACACUGGGGAGAAGCCCUACAAAUGCAGUAAGUGUGGGAAGGCCUUCAGGCACAGUUCCAACAUGUGCCAGCAUCAGAGGAUUCACCUCCGAGAAGACUUCUCAAGGUGACAGUGGAGGAGGGCCCAUGAAUUCUGUGCGCUUCCUUCACAUGACCCACCCCAUUCCUUUAUUUGUUAUCCACACAGUGUUUUUACAGGUGAAAGGGCAACUUCUAAUUAAAAAACCUCUUAAACCAAAAGCAGUGCAUGUUUCUUUAAGAGAAAUUGAGAGAGAAAAGUUAACAAAAAGGAGAAGCUCCUGUAAUCAUCUUCCACUUUGAAAAAGAGAAUUCGUCACUGCUGAUUUAGUGUAAGUUUUUGCUUUCAGACACUAAAGAGCAUUUUUAAAAGAAAAUACUGCUAUGCUUGUCAGACACCUAGAAUCUUCAUUUUUGCUGUUUCCUCAAUACCAGAAAAUUCAUACAGGAAAGAAUUCUACAUAUUUACAUAUUUUUAUGUAUUAUAAGUCUAAAAAAAUUAACAUUCAUACUUUUCUGUGCCAAUAGAGUUGAUAAUUACCUUUUUGUUGUGGUAAAAUACAAAAUUUACCAUUUUAACUAUUUUUAAGUGUACAGUUGAGUGGCAUUGAAUAUAUUCACAGUGUUGUGUAACCACCAUCACUAUUUCCGGAACUAUUUUAUUAUCCCAAAUAGAAACUCUACCCAUUAAGAAUUCUCCAUUUUCUUCCUCUUCUAGUAGCUGGCAACUUUUAUUUUCUGUUUCUAUGAAUUUGCCUAGUCUAGUACCUCACAUAAGUGGAAUAAUAUAUAUAUUUUUGCCCUUUAUGUCUGGCUUAUUUUACUUAACAUAAUGUCCUCAAAGUUCUUCCGUGUUGUAGCCUGUAUCAGAAUUUCGUUUUUAUGGGUGGAAUAAUACAUCGUUUGUAUAUAACAUUUUUUCAUUCUCCUGUUGAUGGACACCUAUGUGUUUCUAUCUUUCGACUGUUGUGCAUAAUGCUGCUAUGAACAUUGAUUGAUGUACAACUAUCUGCUUGAAUCCCUACUUUUUGUACUUUUGGGUACAAUCCUAGUAUUGAAAUAGCUGGAUCAUAUAGUAAUUCUGUGUUUAACUUUUUGAGGACUGGCAAGCUUUUCCACAGAGCUGUGCCAUUUAACAUCCUCAGUAGCAAUGCAUGAAGAUUCCGAUUUCUCUACAUCUUUGCCAACACUUGUUAUUUUACAUUUUUUGAUGAUAACCAUCCUGAUGGGUGUGAAGUGGUUUCUCAUUGUGUUUUUAAUUUGCAUUUCCCUAAUCACUAAUGAUGUUGAGCAUUUUCUUGGUCAUUUAUAUCUAUCCAUAACCUUUGCUCAUUUUUAAAUUGGGGUCUCUGUUUUCAUUGUUGAGGUGUAGGAGUUCUUUAUAUAUUUUGCUUAGUAAUCCCUUUCUGCAAAUAAUUUCUCAUUCUGUGAGUUGUCUCUACUCUCUUGUGUCCUUUGAUACACACAUUUUAAAUUUUUAUGAAGUUCAGUUUUCUUUUGUUGUCUGUGCUUGUCAUAGCCAAGAAAUUGGUAAAUUCAAGAUUGUGAAGAUAAGUUUCUCUCUUUUCUUCUUACAGUUUUGUAGUUUUUGGUCUUAUGUUUUGGUGUUUGAUCUAUUUUGAACUAACUUUUGUACAUGGUAUAAGGGUCCAGUUUCAUUCUUUUGAAUGUGAAUAUCCAGUUUUCUCUACAACAUUAAAAAAGAAGACUUUCCUUUCCCUGUUUAACUGUGUAUUAUCUCAGGCUGCCAUAACAAAAUGCCACAGGCCAGGUGGCUUAAAAAACUAAUUAAUUUCUCAUAGGUCUGAAGCCUAAGAAGUACAAGAUCAAAGUCUAAAUUCCUGGUGAGGGUUCUCUUCUUGGCCUGCAUACAGUGGCCUUGUUGUGUCCUCCCAUGGUGGAGAAAAAGAUCUUAGGUGUCUUUUCCUCUUCUAAGGGUACCAGCCCUAUUGAAUUAGGGCCCCUCCCUAAUGACUUCAUUUAACCUUUAUCAUCAGUUCACAAGCCCUAUCUUCAAACAGUAGCUUCUACAUGUGAAUUUAGGGACACAAACAUUCAGUUUAUAACAUGAUCUUGGUUCCCCAAAAUAAAUAAAAA